AUCAAGUGGAUUGUUGUUUUGCGGUAGGGAGAGAAAAUCCCCCCUGCAUCGUUAAAUAUGCCUUAACGAUGAGAAGUUAGAAAUUCCUUUCCUAUUUUUGAUACGUAGUAGGCAAACAAUUAACAAACUUUUGGGUGCGUGUGAAAAUAUGAAAACGAAGAGAAAAUAUAGUGAUAGUAGCGAUUUUUCAUUUUCUUAAACACCCUCAUUUAUUAAGCUUUUCCCGUAGGACGAAAAGAACCAAAUCCUUGUGACGAACGUCUGGCUAGAUCAAGAAUGGCAUGAUAAAUUCCUAACUUGGAAUCCUGUUGAAUUUGGUAAUCUGAGCAUGAUUCGUAUCCCAUGCCACAUGAUUUGGAAACCGGAUAUCGUCCUUUACAAUAAGUAUAUAUAAGCUAUAAGCCACAAAUGCAUAAAAGUCGAGGCGUCUCUUUUUUUGCCCGUCGUCUUAUUGAUUUUUUUCUUUUCCCCCUCUCUUCCUGUUCGAUUUAGUGCUGCCGAGUAUACGAAUGGAAUGAUGCCAGCAAAAGCCAUGGUUUCCAGUACAGGAGAUGUUUUCUGGCCUGUUCCCACAAAACUAUUAAGCUCCUGUAAAUUUGACGUCACUUACUUUCCUUUCGACGAUCAAUUCUGUAAGUUAAAAUUUGGUAGCUGGACCUAUGAUGGUUUUCAAGUUGACAUGAUCAAUAGAACAACUCAAGUAGAUUUAUCAAAUUAUGUAGAAUCUGGUGAAUGGGAAUUGAUAGGCAUCGAGAUAGAACGAAACGUUGUUUUCUACGGAUGCUGUGACGAACCUUAUCCGGACGUGACCUUCCGUAUUCACAUCCGUAGAAGGACCCUAUACUACCUAUACAAUGUUAUCUUUCCCUGCAUAAUGAUGUCGACCUUAACCCUGCUCGUCUUCCGUCUUCCGCCCGAAUCGGGUGAGAAAGUAACAAUGGGUAUUACUGUGUUACUCGCCUUUAGCGUUUUUAUGUUGUCAGUGGCUGAGCGUUUGCCCGAAACCUCCGAAUUUAUACCUCUUUUGAGCGUCUAUUUAACGGUGGUUAUGGCAAUGACAUCAGUUUCCGUUAUAAUGACUGUAAUCGUGUUGAAUUUGCAUUAUAGAGGGCCGAAACAGCAAGCCGUUCCUCGGUGGCUAAAGAGUCUAUUAAGAGUCUCCGAGUCUAAAAAAUUAUCGAACGACCGAAUUGGCGUAAAGAUUGAAAGGAACGGUCUAACUAUUCCAGUAGAUGGCUUGGCCCGCGAAUUAACUGAUGAGCUACCUGAAUCAAGACAGGAUAGGGUACUAGACGCGCUCAAUCGUAUUAUUGAUAGAUACGAAAAAGACGAAUUUAGAGAAAUGAUGGAAGACGAAUGGAGGCAAGUAGCCGUAUCUGUUGACUGUAUACUAUUUUGGCUGUUUCUUUUCUUCACACUCUUAUCAACUGUCAUCAUUUUAAUCAUUGCUCCUCUAAGUAAGCCUAUAUGAAGAAAUGAAAAGCAUAUACGUGAUUUUCUUAUCAAGAGAAGGAUAUUUACUUAUUUAUUUGAUUACUUCGUUUUCCCUUUUUCAAACUCUUCCUCUAUAGUUAAUGUUGUUUUCUACGUUUGUUACGAAUAUAUUUGUUCCAGACAGUUUAUUGUCUAUAAAUAUUUACAUAUAUAUAUACUGUAUAUAUAUAGCUAUACACGU